ACACUAUUCUGUGGUCGAGAGUCAACGAUAUUUGUCAGUGUGACUGAAAUUACCUCUGUUUCUUUAACUAGAAUUCAACUAUCAAAAAUAAUCUUUUUCAUUGAUUUAAUUCCAUUCUAUCAUUUUCCACCCAACCAUUAUAGAUUUUUACUUAAUCAUUUGACUAAAAAGAUUGUAAUUCUGUCAAUGGGCUUAGGAAAUCCAUGGUUAUUGAGUUUUUUCAAUUGUUUUAUUUUUUUCAAGGUACUACAAUAUUAAGUAUUUACUAUCGUGCUGAUUAUGAACGAUAAAGAAAGCGUGGAUCCACAAUUACAAGACUUCAUACUAGCUGAAACGCAGAAACAACGUUUUCAGGUUCUGGUACAUGGUUUAACAGAUACAUGUUGGGAUACAUGUAUGGGUUCUCCGAGCAAGCGUCUUGAUUCAAAAACUGAAGUAUGCAUAAUGAACUGUGUUGAAAGAUUUAUUGACGCUACAACAUUUAUAACUAAACGUCUAAUGAACACCACUAAAUACCGCUCUGAAGCUCCUCUUGAUUUUCAAUAAUUUUAAAAAAGUAAGUUUCACAUUAAAUUAACCAUGUUUUCUAGCAUUCGAAAUUUCUUGCACCGGCACAAAAGGAAGUUCAUUAUUACGGGUGCAGUAUUUGGAGGAUUGUACAUUUUAUCAAGUUAUGCCCAGAGAAAACUAAGAGAAUGGCAAGAAAAAGAAGCCAAAAAAUUCUUUGAAAUGACCCGUAAAAAACAACACUUUGAAAGUACUGAACGUACAUGUAAUCAAACUAUACUUUCUCUAUCAAAAAUUGUUUCUGAAAGUAUAUUAGGAUUAUUAAAUACAGAAGAAAUAGUUCAAAAAUUGCAAGAAAAUCCUGAAAAUAAAUUGGCACUAUGGGAACAAUUGAAACUAAUGAUUUUUACAAGAAUAUGUGUCCUUGUAUAUGCACUAAGCAUAUUACAAGUGACAUUAAGGGUUCAGCUAAACAUAGUUGGUGGUUACCUUUACAGAGAUUCUGUAAAUGAUGAUGACCCACUUAUAGAUAGUGAUUUGCAGGCAAGAUACUUAUCUUUAUGCCAUCACUUUGUUGGUCAAGGUGUAGAAGAUUUAGUGAAACAAAUUGAAAAGGCUGUGAAAAGAGUUGUAGAACCAGUUUCACUAAAAAAGAAAAUUACCCUACAAGAAGUGGAACAAUUGUUUUGGUCUAUACAAACUAUUUUAUGUACUGAUACUAUAGAUGGUGAUCCUGUAAAGAAAAUGGUACAUUACUUGGUUGGUCAUACAGAGAUAAAUGAAGCGAGACUGGACACCAUGGUAAAAGAGACAAUGGAUAUACUGGAGAGCGAUGAAGUGACAUCAAUUGCUAUGUCCUCAGUCAGUCGAAGCUUUUCAUCUGUAAUUGAUGAAAUAGCAAACUUAUUUGUGAACAAGUCACCUCCAACAACUAAGAACCAUUUGGAGAUUGAUGAACAUGUAAUAACAAAUGGAGCUUUGAAAUUAGGGGCAACUCCAGAUGGUUUUGUGGAUGUAAAUAAAGUUGAAUUACAUUUUGUCAAAUUGAUCCCUGUGGUCAAUGAGCUAAUUACCAAGAACACAUGCAAGGGUAAUACUAACAUUCCAGAUUUAUUAACACAGCAACUUAUACUUAAUGAAAAAUUGAAACUGUUAGGUGCAAAUAUCUAUGAAGUAUUUAGUAGUAGUUCAUAAAAUUAUAAGCCCAUUGAGCUCAUAUAAAUGUAUACAUAUAGUUAAACCUUUAAAUAUUUUAUGGUGAUUUGUUGUAGCUCUAGUUUUAUUUUGUAGAUUCAAUGGUAUAUAUUGAAACAUGUUGCUUUUAAUAUACAUACUUAUAUUUAGAGUAAUUCAUGAUAAUUAUUCAAGAUCUAGUUUUGUAUAAUACCCAUGACUAUUAGUUUAGGUGAGGUGUUAAGUUCUUUUUUAUAUUAUAAAGCAUUUCGGGGAAAUUAAUAAAAAUUAAAUUACACAAAUAUUUACAUUUCAUUAGUUGAGCCUAAGAAGUUACGUUAUGGUAACAUAUUGAUUCACUAGAAUAAAAAAUACAACUUACGAUAUGUAUGCUAAAUUACAUGACUAUAUGGAGCUUACUUCCAAUCCCAAUGGAUGUACCAGUGAUGUUAUAACAUAAACUUCAUUUCUGCUUUAUUAUGUAGUGAUAGUGAAAAAAGUUAUUAAAAACUUUUGUUUACCUACCA